AGAGGUUACACGGAUUCCUCAGUCUCGGACACCGAAAACAUACGCCAGCCGUGUGGGCGCGUCUGCUGAUGUCAUGAGGGGCGUGGUCACCGUCGUUGAUUGACAAAUCCGGUUUGCCAGCUGGUGCAGGCGGAUUCGAUAGGGGAUCGGACCGGGCCCGUCAACGGGACAGCUCGCGGCGGCACCGGGAUGGGGAACUCUGACACCAAGCUGAAUUUUAGGAAAGCAGUGAUCCAGCUGACGACCAAAACACAGCCAGUUGAAGCGACAGAUGAUGCCUUCUGGGACCAGUUUUGGUCUGACACCGCCACCUCUGUACAGGACGUGUUUGCUUUAAUCCCAGCUGCUGAGAUCCGUGCUGUUCGUGAGGAGUCCCCAUCAAAUCUGGCAACACUAUGCUAUAAGGCAGUGGAGAAGCUGGCGGCUGGCGCAGACAGCGGGAGUCACUCAGACAAAGAAAGGCAGAUGGUGUUGAAUUGUGCUCGGUUGUUGACUCGGGUACUACCGUAUAUCUUCGAGGACCCAGACUGGAGGGGAUUUUUCUGGUCCUCAGUGCCUGGAGCAGGGCGAAGCCAGGAUGAUGAUGAUGAUGAUGAAGAUGGGUCUCGUCCCCUUGCCGAAUCUCUGCUUCUGGCUAUUGCAGACCUUCUCUUCUGUCCAGAUUUUACAGUACAGAGCCACAGGAAAAGUGGAACGGAUGCAGCAGAAGAUAUUCAUACCUUAGACAGCUGUGAAUACAUCUGGGAGGCCGGUGUUGGCUUUGCACACUCUCCAACCCCUAACCACGCACAUGACCUCAACAGGACAGAACUUCUUAAACUACUACUGACAUGCUUCUCAGAGGCUAUGUACCUCCCGCCAUCAUCAGAGAGCAGUAACACGCCCAACCCAUGGGUGCAGUUUUUCUGCUCCACUGAAAACAGACAUGCUCUGCCUCUCUUCACAUCUCUAUUGAAUGUAGUGUGCGCUUAUGAUCCUGUUGGCUAUGGGAUCCCUUACAACCACCUCCUGUUCUGGGACUCGCGUGAGCCAUUAGUUGAGAUCUCUGCCCAGCUUCUCAUUGUAACAUUGGACUCUGAUCCAUCUGCUUCAUCGGGGCCAAGCAUGGAUGGAACCACCACAAGCACUGCCAUGGACGAGGGUGAAAGCCCAGCACCAGACAAUCUUUUUGUGAAUUAUCUGUCACGGAUCCACCGAGAGGAGGAUUUCCAGUUUAUCUUGAAGGGCCUGGCCCGGUUACUCCUGAACCCACUCAGCCAGACAUACCUGCCAAACUCCGCUAAGAAAAUCCAGUUCCACCAAGAAUUACUGGUCCUGUUCUGGAAACUAUGUGACUUCAACAAGAAGUUCCUGUUCUUUGUUCUGAAGAGCAGUGAUGUCCUGGAUAUACUGGUUCCAAUUCUGUACUUCCUGAACGAUGCACGGGCGGAUCAGUCCCGUGUUGGUCUCAUGCACAUUGGAGUGUUUAUACUUCUGCUGCUUAGCGGCGAGAGGAAUUUUGGUGUUCGCUUGAACAAACCAUACUCUGUCAGAGUCCCUUUGGAUAUCCCGGUGUUUACAGGAACACAUGCAGACCUGCUUAUUGUGGUUUUCCACAAGAUCAUCACCAGUGGACACCAACGUCUGCAACCUCUAUAUGACUGUCUGCUUACCAUCAUAGUGAAUGUAUCUCCAUACUUGAAAUCCCUCUCCAUGGUGGCUGCCAACAAGCUACUACAUCUCCUCGAAGCUUUCUCCAGUCCUUGGUUCCUCUUCUCCUCUCCGCAGAAUCAUCAUCUUGUUUUCUUCUUGCUUGAGGUUUUCAACAAUAUUAUUCAGUAUCAGUUUGAUGGUAAUUCUAGUUUAGUGUAUGCCAUUAUUCGGAAGCGCACUGUAUUUCACCAGUUAGCAAACCUGCCUUCAGAUCCCCCAUCCAUACAGCGUGCACUGCAGCGCAAAAAGAAACCAGCUGAGCCUAUAUUGCGCACAAACUCUCAGGAAGGAGAAUCAAUGGAAGGCUCGCGCCCUGCUGUACCUGCAGAGCCAGGCACUCUCAAAGCAAGUCUCAUAGCUACACCUGCUAUAGAAAAGCUUACAGAGAAAGCCCAGGUAUCGGAGGAUGGCACUUUACGAGCUAUUGAUCCUGAUGCUCCCUCGUCACCUGGAGAGAGUGUACCAUCCCGCCCCCUGAGUGACACAGAGUCUCAGAGUGGGGAUGGUACACAGAGCGUGCAGAGAAGAAGGCUAUCAAGCACUUCAUCUCAGUGGAAUCCAUCUACCGACUGGGUCCUGUCCUGGAAGGUGAAACUACCUCUUCAGACAAUUAUGCGGCUUCUACAGGUCUUGGUUCCUCAAGUUGAGAAGAUCUGCAUUGACAAGGGACUGACUGAUGAGUCCGAAAUUCUCAAGUUUUUGCAGCAUGGGACCUUGGUGGGGUUACUGCCUGUGCCCCAUCCCAUCCUGAUCCGCAAAUACCAGGCCAAUGCAGGCACAGCUAUGUGGUUCCGCACAUAUAUGUGGGGGGUCAUCUACCUUAGGAACAUGGACCCUCCAAUCUGGUAUGACACUGAUGUGAAGCUUUUUGAAAUCCAGAGAGUUUAAAUAUCUACUUUUAAAUAUUAAUACCUGCUCAUUACCUGUCACACAUAUCUGAAGCAUCGUCAUAGGAUACUUCUUCCCCUCCAUGAAUUUCAAUGUAAUUGACCACAAGCAUACUAAAUCACUCCAUGAAAACGCAUAUCAUAUCUCUUGUAUUUCUAAAAAGCUUUGUGUUACUUUCCUAUUUUUGUUUUUAUAUU